AGCAAGGACGCACACUUUGCAGCUCCCUCCGACACCAUUGUUGUAUUAUCGGCUUCUGAAGUUGUUGUUUUUUAUUUUGUCGACGGUUCAAAUAUGUCUGCUGCUGAACAUCAGGAAAGCGACUGCAACAAACUGGAGUCUGUGAUACAGAGGCUGGAGGAGAGUGUUUUGUCCGAGGAGAAGAGGCUGACCGUGCGGGGUCCCUCGCCGGAUGCGCCCCCUACAUGUCUACCGGCCAGAGUUCGGGAGAUCGUAACCAAGAACCUUAACGAAAGCUCUCCAGGGGCAAUGUCCUCGCUCAUGUCUCUCCAGGAGGAGAACCGAAUCCUGCAGGGAGAGCUGGCCAAGCUGGAGGACCUGUUGUCCCACAGCAGAGCAGACCGGGAUGAGCUGGCCAUCAAGUACAGCGCAAUCAGCGAGAGGUUGGAGAAGGCCCUAUGUUUCGACUCGGGAGACGGCGACCGCGAUUCCUCCGAGUCUCGCAGCCUGGCUCAGCAGAACAUUGACCUCCGCAGGCGGCUGGAUGAGGAGCAAGCAGCCUAUAAGAGAAAGCUCACCGCAUAUCAGGAGGGCCAGCAGAGGCAGGCGCAGCUUGUGCAGAAGUUGCAGGCGAAGGUGCUGCAGUACAAAAAGAGGUGCGGAGAUCUGGAGCAGAUGCUGCAGCAGAAGUCGUCAGUGUUUGAGAAACCCGGGCUGAGUGAUUCCAGUGAAGCAUCAAAUGGUCACCAUCAAGACGAAUCCAGCAGCAACCUGGAGGAUGCUUUAAUCCGUCUGGAAGAAGAGCAACAGAGGAGCAGCAGUUUGUCUGCGGUGAACGCCAUGCUGAGGGAGCAGCUGGAGCAGGCUGGUUUGGCCAACGAGGCGCUAAGUCAGGACAUCCGCAGGCUCACCGUUGACUGGACCAAAGCCAGAGAAGAGCUGGAGCAGAAGGAGUUUGACUGGAGGAAAGAGGAAGAGUCUUUCCAUAGCUACUUCAGCAGCGAGCACGGACGCCUGCUUGCUCUGUGGCGACAAGUGGUCGGCUUCCGGAGGCACGUGUGUGAGCUGAAGAGUGCCACCGAGAGAGACUUGUCAGACAUGCGUAACGAUCUGUCCCGAGCGUCACACUGCGCUCAUGUAUCGUGCACAUCUCUGUGCGCGACGCUGCACAAUCGAGAGGGGACAACGGCGCUAGCCCUGGACCGUGAGAAAGCUCUGCGGGUCCAACUGGAGCAGCAACUCAGUGAUCGAGUGUCGGAGAUGAUGAGCCUUCAGGCGAGAACAGACACAGAGAGAAGCGAGAUCAACGUCAGGCUGUCUGAGUCAGUGCGUGAAGGUGAAAGACUGAAGGGACAAAUUGAGGAGAAAGAGAGAGAACUUGUCCUCCUGUCCAGGAGGUUGGAGGAGCAGAGCAGCAAUGACGGGAGCGACCUGCAGCUGAUGAGAGCUCACACUGAGACACUAUUGGACACUCUGCGGGACAUAGCUCAGACGGUUUUAUCAGAUGCAGAGUCGUCGUCGGAGGCAGACCAGGACAACUCCGCCGCUCCGCUGCUGGCCUUUGUCCACAGCCCGUCCCCCAGCGCUGCUUCUCAGAGGUCAGCCUCCCCCACGAGGCUCACCUCUCUGUUUGCUCUCCCGGAGGCCACGCUGUCGGCGCUACGCUCUGCGGUCACAAACAAGACGCUCCAGCUGCAGGACGCUCGGGGGCGUUUGCUGUCUGCCCAGUCCUCCAUACAGCAUUUACGAAAGCAGCUCGCCGAAGCUGAUUUAGCCAAAAGGGAAGCAGCCCAACGCAAUCAGAUGCUGCAGAGAGAGCGAGAUGCCGCACAAAGGGACAGAGAGACCACACAACGGGAAAAAGACCGCCUGCGGCAGGAAAGAGACACUCUGGCCAGUGACAAAGUCAGCCUGGAAAAGAGCGUGCAGGCGGCACAAAGCGGCAAGCAGAACCUUCAGAUGGACUGCGAGAAGCUGCAGCUGACUCUGACGUCCAUGCAGCGGGAAAAAGACCACCAGAGGGAGGAGAAAGAGGCCGCCAUCCAGGAAAGGGACCGGGCCAAGGCCGAGGUUCAGAGGAUCCAGAAGCAUUGGGACCAGAGCGAGAGCCGAGCCUCAGUCCAGCGUGGCGAGCUGUCUGCAGUGAGGGAGACUCACCAGCAGGGAGAGGUUGAGAGGCAGCUGCUGGAGAGGGAGAAAGCCCAACUUUCUGAAGCACUUACCAGGGCCGAGAGCAGUAAUGCAGAACUUUCUCUGCUGGUCAAUAAGCUCCAGUCUGAGGAUGCAGCGCUUAGGGACUCUUUAGCCAAAAUGGGCAGCAUGAAUGAGGCGCUGUCCCAAGACAAAGUGGACCUGAACAGCUACAUCCUCCAGCUGGAGGAAGAGAAGACGCUGCUGCAUGCUCAGAAACGCGAGGCCGAGCAGGAGAAGCUGACCAUCAGGGAUGAGCUGGUGCGGUUGGAGCAGGACCGGAUGGAGCUGGACUCUGCCCGCAUCACGCUGCGCCAGUCCCUGCAGGACACGGAGCUGAGUCGCGUGGGGAUGGAGGCGGAGCUCCAGAGUCUCCGAAUGGAGAGGCUCAAGCUGCAAGAGAGAAUCCCACAGCUGUGUGCCGACGUGACCUCCUUGGGUUCCGAGUUAAGCCUCGCCAGAGGAGAGUGCCAACGCAACGAAGCAGUCCUGGAGGAGGUUAGUCGCGCACGGGCGGAACUGGCCCGAGACAAAGCAUCACUUCUUGUCCAGCUGACUGCGUCCGAGAGAGAUAACAGCGCGCUGUCAGAGGAACUGGCUGCUUACAGGUCCGAACGCGAGUCUCUGGAGAACAGCUUGUUUGAGUUGCAGCAGCAGUUCGCUCAGGUGGAGUCCCACAAGGAGCAGCUGGAAUCAGACAACCAAAAACUGAGAGUGCAGUGUGACACUGCAACAGCUGAGCUGCGGCGUACUCGCUCUGACGUUGAGAGCGCAUUGACCCAGGUGGAUAAGGAGAAACAAGCGCUGACUCAGACCCUGAAUGCAGCACAGCUGGAGGCCCAGCAGGUUUUGCGCAAGGCCAUCUGCGAACAUCAGGAGGAGGUGGAGAAGCUUGUCUCGGAAAAGGAGGUCCUGCGACAGAGUCUCACAGCAUCCCAUGGCGGCACUCUGAGGAAGCUGAGGCAUGAGGUGGAUGAUGAGCUGCAUAAAGCACAGAGAGAGAGGGAGGAGCUGCAGAGCCAGCUAAGGACUCUGCAGCAUGAUCGAGAUCAGAGUCUCCUACAGGCCGAGACGGAGAAGCAACAGGCUCUGUCUCUGAAGGAGGCUGAAAAAGCGGCGCUGUGCGACAGAGUGUCCAGUCUGCAGGCCGAACUGGCGGCUGCAGCCCUCGAUUUCGAGCGCAAAGCCCGAGCGGCGGCUCUCUGCAAAGAACAAGAGCAGGCCAGAGUCGGUGCUCUAACCAGCGAGUUGCAGGAGAUUCGCUCUCGGCUUGAGGACGCGUCGUCUCUUCACGAAAGGGAACUUCACAGUCUGCGAGAGAAUCUGAGUGACUUUGAGUCCCGCGCUGACGCUGCUGCCAAAGAGCUGGACAAGUGCAAGGCUUCUCUCGCCGCCAGCGAGGAGAGCCGAGAUCAGCUCAGACGAGACAUGCUGGAGGCGGAGCGUCGCCUCAACCAAGCUCAGGACGAGGCUGAAAACUACCGGAGGGAAGGGACAGAAGUGCGCCGCAGCCUGAGUGACGUCUCCAAGGAGAGAGAUGCCUUCAGCCUCUCCAACGCUCAACUGAGGGAAAGUCUUCGAGGGGCAGAGACGGAGAGGAUCAGUGUGAAGCGACAGUGCGAGGAGAAGGAGCAGAGGCUGACUGUGCUGCAGGAGAAUUUUUCCUGCGCUCAGAAGGAGGUGACAGAGCUGCGCAGCUGCCUAAGGGAGGUUGAAAGGUCACGAUUGGAGGCCCGACGAGAGCUCCAGGAGCUGCGCAGACAGCUGAAGGUUCUGGAUGGAGAGAAGGAUCAUAAAGAGAGGGAGGUGGCCGAGCUGCAGACUCGCUUGUCCCUGGAGGAGCAGAGAGAGCAGGAAAGAGGGAAGGAGUUUUUUAUCUUCAAGCAGAAGUUAACUGAAGCAGAAGCAGCUGGAGACUCUCUCAAAAGAGAGCUCUCCCUGCUUCAGAAGCAGCUCGCCGAGUCCGAGUCAGGCUGGAGGCACUGCGAGAGAGAACUGACGGCUCAGCUCCAAGACGCCCGAGGUGGCGAGAAGAAGCUGCAGGACGAGGCCAAGAACCUGGCCCUGCGCGCUCAGGCCGCCCAGGACUCGGCCAGUGCGUAUAGCCUGCAGUUGAGCGAGGCGCAGGGCCGCCUGGCAGGCACCGAGGCAGAGCUGGCGCGGGCCGAGGUCUGCAGGAGGGACCUGGAGUUCCGCCUGGGUGGCCUCCAGUCGACACUGACCAGAACGCUUGGAAUUGGAGCGAGAGGGGUCAGGGGGCGUAGCCCGGCAGGGAGCUCUGCAUCACCUGGCCCCAUGUCACGCCAUCACAGCAUUUCACCCCUACGCUCUUCUCUGUCGCCCCCUAAAGAAUUCCACACCAGCACCCCUGACAACACUCUGGGCUCCAGAGCUGUGUCUCCUGAGAGAGGGGACACGCCUCUGCCUCUCUCACCCCCUCAGGCAGAGCUGGACACUGACACUCUGAGAAGUGGUCUCAAGGACUUCCUCCAGGAGCUCCGCGAUGCACACAGAGAGCGGGACGACGCCCUGCGCCAGAUGGGGGCUCUGCAGCACGAGGUAGACCAGCUGCGGGUGGACGGAGACUUGGCGCAGAGCCGCCUCACUCUGCUGCAGAAGACCGUACAAGAACACCAAGAAGGUAAACGAGGGCUGGACGAGCGCCUGACGCACACUCAGCUGCAGCUCCAUCAGCAGGAGGAGGCCGCCAGGAGAGGUGACCGAGAGAGGAGAGCACUCGCAGAGCAGGUGAAGGAGCUGGAGCGUGUGCUGCAGGCCUGCGAGAAGGAGAAGCAACACACGCAGGAUAAACUUGACAAGCAGCGAGCUGUCGAGGUGCGUCUGGAAGCUGAGAGGAGGCGCCUGCGGGAGGCACUGGAGUCGGCCGAAACGCGGGCCACCAGGGUGGAGGUAGGCAGGCGGAGUCUGGAGGGCGAGCUGCAAAGACUGAGACUGAGCCUGGGGGACCGGGAGGUCGAGAGCCAGGCCUCGCAUGAUCGUCAUGAUACUCUGCUCAAACAGGUAGCAGACGGAGAAGCCAGAGUGUCGCUGCUUCUGCGAGAGGUUGACCGUCUGAGUCAGGCUCUGCUCAAAGCGGAAGAAAACGAAGCUCUGCUGCGAGAGAAGAACACCUGCCUUAAUCAGAGCCUGCAGGAGUUGGCGGCCGCUCACGGCGCCACUCAGAGUCGCCUGACUUCUCUGCAGAACACUUUGAGCAUGACGGAGCAGGAGAAACAGCACCUGCAGGAGCGAAUCGACGAGUCGCGGGGGUCGCUGGCCGAAGCGAGACGCAACAUGGCUGCCCUGAAUGAGCGCAUGCACGAUGUGCAGAGCGAGCUGCAUCACAGCGAGCUGCAACGUGAAGAACUGGCGACAGAGGUCACCAAGGCCCAAGAGGCUCUGCGUCAACGUACGGCCAGCCUCACAGAGGCCCAGCGCGGCGCCCAGACAGCUCAGACGGAGCGGGCUGCCGUGGAGGAGCGCCUUCGUGGGCUGCAGAGGGCCGUCGCCAUGCUGGAGACGGAGAAGAAGGAUGCCGAGAGGCAGGCUGUGAGGCUGGAGAAGGAUAAGAAUGCCUUGAGGAACACACUUGAUAAGGUUGAGCGUCAGAAGCUGAAGAGCGAGGAGGGCAGCAUGCGUCUUUCUGCUGAAAGAAACCGCCUGGAUCGCUCGCUGAACACAGCAGAACAGGAGCUGCAGGAAGCCCAGCAGCAGAUCCUCAUGCUGCAGACGCAGAUGGCUGACAUGGAACAGUCACAAAGCGUAUGUGAGAGUUUGGCCAGGCAGCGCGAUGACACUCAGCAGGAGGCCGAGAGGCUGAGAGCCAGCUUCAGGGACCUGGAGAAGACUCUGGGCUCCAGGGAGCGCACUCACAGGCACAGGGUCAAAGGUCUGGAGGAGCAGGUGUCCACGUUGAAGGAUCAGCUUCAACAGGAGAUGAAACGACGUCAGCCUUCACUUCCCUCCUCCUUCUUGUCCACCACCAGCUGAGAGGUGACCACCAAGAAGGCAAGAUGUCCUGAAACUUGUUUGUAUAACCCUAACUUCUAUAUG